ACAGUAGUGCUAUAGUUAAGUCGGACUUUAAACACUUGAGAAUUGACGAGGAAGCAGCCGAAUGUGCUGCGUAUUGAGCGCAAUUUUGCUGAUCUUUGAACUAAAGAACUCUAGUUGAUAGUGAGCGGUAUGUGGUGUUUACGUUCGUCGUUGUUGUUAUUUGCGUGUUUGCUGGCGGUAGCAGCAGCCCGUCCAGGCCGCCAUCAUGGUAGUGGAUUCAUGCUGGAAGCCCGCAAUCACUGGAGACAUAACGAGCUUCGCGAGGAAGCCAAGUGUGGAUAUGAGUCAUGCCCGGUGCCAAAGGACGAUAUGCUCAACAUCCAUCUGGUUCCGCACAGCCACGAUGACGUCGGUUGGCUCAAGACCGUAGACCAGUACUACUACGGUAGCAAGAGCAACCAUCAGUACGCUGGAGUGCAGUACAUCCUGGAUUCGGUGGUGGAAGCCCUGCUGAAGAACCCCGAUCGGAAGUUCAUCUACGUCGAGUCGGCAUUCUUCUUCAAGUGGUGGGACGAGCAGACGCCGGAACUACAGAAGGCGGUUCACAAACUGGUACGGGAAGGUCGGUUGGAGUUUGCCGGAGGAGCUUGGAGCAUGAACGAUGAGGCUGCAUCGCACUAUCAAAGCUUGAUCGAUCAGUUCACUUGGGGCCUGAGGCUGUUGAACGAUACCUUCGGAGAAUGCGGACGGCCUCGGGCCGGAUGGCAGAUUGAUCCGUUUGGGCAUUCGAGAGAGCAAGCCUCGCUGUUCGCUCAGAUGGGUUUCGAUGGAAUGUUCUUCGCUCGGUUGGACUGGCGUGACAACACCAAGAGGCUGCAGGACAAGACUGCAGAGAUGCUUUGGAAGUCGAGUGCAAAUUUGGAGGAUAGUGAUAUGUUUACGUCGGUGCUGUACAAUCACUACAGUGCACCGCCAGGAUUCUGCUUUGAUAUACUGUGUAGGGAUGAUCCGUUCGUGGAUGGACAGUAUAGUGUCGAGAACAAUGUGAAGCAGAAGGUUGAUGAUUUCUUGGCAUUUGUUACGAACAUGUCUGCACGUUACCGAUCGAACAACUUGAUCAUCACCAUGGGAGAUGACUUCAACUACAUGGAUGCCAACAUGAAUUUCGUAAAUAUGGAUAAGCUUAUUAAGUACACCAACGCCCGCCAAUCUGCUGGAUCCAAAGUCAACGUAUUUUACUCAACCCCGACUUGCUAUCUAAAAGCCGUUCACGACACUCAACUAACCUGGCCGACCAAGACCGAUGACUUCUUCCCAUAUGCCUCGGAUCCACAUGCCUACUGGACUGGAUACUUCACGUCCCGGCCGACCUCGAAACGCAUGGAACGCCACGGCAAUCAUUUUCUUCAGGUCUGCAAACAGCUGACCGCUCUGAGUCCAUCUAAGGGUGGUGAAGAACACCUGACCGUCCUGCGGGAAGCGAUUGGUGUGAUGCAACAUCACGAUGCCAUUACCGGAACGGAGAAACAGCACGUUACCGAUGACUACUCGCGAAUGCUCCACGUUGCGAUCGAAGCUUGUGGGGCAAACACCAAUGCCGCCUUGCAGAGUAUGACUAAGAAUCCCGCGACAUUCGAAUCGUGCCAUCUGCUGAACAUCACUCAGUGUGAAAUUUCCGAGACCAAGGAGAACUUUGUGGUCACAUUGUACAAUCCACUAGCCCAUGCCAACUACCAAUACGUACGUCUACCGGUUACAGGAAACAGCUACUUAGUCCGAGAUCAUUCAGGACAAGAACUAUCUUCGCAAAUGGUUUCCAUUCCCGAACCGGUUGCUAACCUUUUCUACCGAGUUGGCCUAUCCACUCAAGAGCUGGUGUUCCUAGCAAAUGAUAUCCCUCCCAUGGGUUAUCGAUCGUACUACGUAUCGGAAACGUAUGACGAUAGUCAUACUCAGAAUGAUGAACAUCCAUCCAAGAAGAAAACCGUGUCCAUUGCAAACAAUCGCUUGACAUUGAACUUUGACGAAAAUGGUUUCCUGAGCACUAUCAACUUUGGAGAGGAAAGUCAUCGAUUGCAGCAGGAUUUCCUGUAUUACGAAGGAGCCUACGGUAAUAACGAAAUCUUCGAGAAUCGUUCUUCUGGGGCUUACAUAUUCCGACCGAAUAGUACCGAAAAGCACGCAACUUCUUUGGUUCGAUUGACCGUCAUCAAGGGUGACCAAGUCCAGGAGGUUCACCAGCAGUUCAACGAAUGGGUCAGUCAGGUGAUUCGUCUUCAUGACAAUGAAAUGCACGUGGAGUUUGAGUGGAUGGUGGGACCGAUUCCGAUCGAUGACGGUAAGGGUAAGGAGAUCAUUUCCAGGUUCUACACGGAUAUCCAGUCGGAUGGAGUGUUCUGGACGGAUUCGAAUGGCCGGGAGAUGAUAAAGCGAGUGAGGGAUCAGCGGGAAACUUGGGAUUUGGAAUUGGUGGAACCGGUUGCUGGGAAUUAUUACCCGGUGACUACGAAGAUUGCCUUGGAAGACGAUAACCUGCGGAUGGCUGUGUUGAACGACCGAGCUCAGGGCGGAACCAGCAUGCAGGAUGGAGUUGUCGAGCUUAUGGUUCACCGAAGACUGUUGCGAGACGACGCAUUUGGGGUUGGUGAAGCUUUGAAUGAGACUUCUUACGGAACUGGGUUGAUUGCUAGGGGAAAACAUUUCUUGGUGUUUGGAACGAAGGGUCCUCAGAUGAUGCCCGUUCAAGUGAGGGAACGCGUCAUGCAGAAUCACGUCAUGAUGCCGGCAUGGAUGUUCCUGAGCGAUGCCACCGAUUUGUCAUUCGAUGAGUGGCAGUCCAACUACAUCAAUAUGUUCUCGGCGAUGGCGGCAUCACUUCCGGUAAACGUUAACCUCUUAACAUUCGAACCUUGGAAGCAACCCUCGACCUACCUGGUGCGAUUUGAACACCUUUUCGAGAAGAAUGAAGAUUCACUGUACUCAUCACCCAUCACCUUCAACCUCGAAGAGGUCUUCUCCAAAUUUAGCAUCUCCAGCAUUCAGGAAACUACUCUGGCGGCAAACCAGUGGAAGGAGGACAUGUCGCGGCUUAAGUUCUACGCAGAUCCGGUCCCAGUGCCCGAGCAAACCUCCAAUCAGAUCAUGGCCAAAUCCGGCGACGUCAUGGAAAUCAUAUUGAACCCAAUGGAAAUUCGCACUUUUGUCAUUCAAAUGGAUUUUAAGUAGAGAAUAGAACUUUUUCAAAAUACACAAAUCCAUU